AUGGCCCGCCGUCCCGCCCGUUGCUACCGCUACUGCAAGAACAAGCCCUACCCCAAGAGCAGGUUCAACCGUGGUGUACCCGAUGCCAAGAUCCGCAUCUUCGACCUCGGUCGCAAGAAGGCCAACGUAGACGACUUCCCUCUCUGCAUCCACUUGGUCUCCAACGAGUACGAGCAGCUGUCUUCCGAGGCUCUCGAAGCCGCCCGUAUUUGCGCCAACAAGUACAUGGUCAAGAGCGGAGGAAAGGAAUCUUUCCAUCUCCGUGUCCGUGUCCACCCCUACCACGUCGUCCGUAUCAACAAGAUGUUGUCUUGCGCUGGUGCCGAUAGAUUGCAAACCGGUAUGCGUGGUGCUUUCGGCAAGCCCAACGGUCUUGUCGCUCGUGUCAACAUUGGUCAGAUCCUCAUGUCCGUCAGGACUAGGGACUCUAACCGCGCUAUUGCUCUCGAGGCUCUGAGGCGUUGCCAGUACAAGUUCCCUGGUCGCCAGAAGAUCAUCGUCUCCAAGAACUGGGGAUUCACCCCUCUCAAGCGCGAGGAGUACGUCCAGCAGCGCCAGGAGGGUAAGGUCAAGAUCGACGGUGCCUACGUUCAGUUCCUCCGCAACAAGGGUAACCUUGCCGACAACAUCCGCCGCUUCCCUACCGCUUUCGAAGCAUCUGCUUAG